AUGUCCGCCACUACGAAGGAGACCCCGGAGGUUAUUAAGCCUCAGAAUGAUUCUAAGAACCGGAUCUCGAAGAAGAAAGCAAACAAGAAAGCGAGAUGUGUCCCUCGACAGGAUAGCCCUAACGUUAGGGACCCUCGCAACCGCACCCUCCUCCACCCCGAACAAGCACACUGGUCCUGGACACAUCUCCCUGAUAUUCUGUAUCAGUUCAAGCCUGAAGGCAAAGUGAGCCGCAAUACGGAGCCGCCGCGAAUGACAUACCCAAUUCACGGGAGAUACUUGAGGGAGUUGUCUGUCCUCCCAGAUAACAUCUCAUCAGCGGUGGAAGAGUACCAAGUCGAGGCGUGGAUGCGUCUUGAUCGCCGUAUCCACCUCAAGGAUAUCACAGACCGCAUGCAUCCUGACUUCCGAGUGAACCAAAAUGCCCUGCAGCAGCGAGGCGUGCGGUUCCGGCAGGCAUUCAACAUGAUUGCCUGGGACUCGGGAAACAAGCGUAGCCGCGAGCUCGAGGCGCAGGUCCUGAAAAAGAUGGAAGAACAGGGUCUCGAUCUCAGUGCCAACAGCACUCGUGGUCUGACACCCGGCUUAAUCAACCCUAAUCUUGGGGAGGAGGGAGGCCGCAUCCCCAACCCCCCAGGCUACUCCGAUGAAAAACGCAAAGAACGUGCGAAGCGCGCAAAGAAGGUCCAAGCCGGUCCGUCGCGCGCACUAGAUACCAUUCUCAAACCCGAGUGUCUUGUCGACGAGUCCAUGAUUAUGGAAAGUUUCGUGCCCUACGAUGAGUCCCUCGAGCAUCCCGAUGCCGCCCUGCCUGUCAUUCGAGGGGAGAUCCCCGACGACCAACUCCCUUCCACCGUGAACAUGCAAGACCUGGAUCUAUCUCUGGGAUUCACUCUCCCCACACCGCAGCCUAAGCGCGAGAGGACCCCGAUGCGCCCUCGCCCAGCUUAUAGAGGCUGCGACCUUUCGAUUUUCAACCCAUCUUCCACUGUUUCUCCCUGGGGCUUUUGCAAUGCGCAAUGCUACCCGUUCAUUCGGGAAAAUCCCAAAGAAACGCUCCAGGAGAUUCACCCGACGCUUGGUCUCCCUGACAAGCCGCAGUCUCCAACUCUAGGACUAUUCCCACCCGUUGAAGUGAUUUGUUUAAACACGGCCGAGGAAAGCGUUCGAGCAAACGUGUUUGACGCAAUGCUAGCAGAGUACUAUGCUGGUGCGCGGCAUCUCGUGGACAUGCCAUACAUGUAG